AUGGAUGUCGCUUUUUGUGAACUUGAUAUUUUCUUUACCCCGAAUACUCCUCUUCAAGGGGAGAACAUAUAUAUGGAAGAGCAGUCUUCUUCAACAUCCAAGGACUUUCAUUUUAUUGUGGAAAAAGAUGUUCAAGGAAGCCAAAACAAUGGUGAUACGACAAACUCAUCAGAGGACACCUUUACUCAUACAACACCAGUACCUAUAUCUUCAGAGGAUGCUCCUGAGGUAAAUUCAAACCCUUCACUCAUAUUAGAUAAUGUUCUUCAUGAUAAGUCUAACCCUGAGCCUCAUAAUGACAUACAUGAUAUACCUAAUCUUGAGCCUAAUGAUGUUGUGCAUAAUGAGAAUACCAUACAUGAUGAGCCCAAUAUUGAGUCUAAUGACCAUAUACAUAGUGAAGUCAUUGAUGUGGAAAGUGAUGAUGAGAAUAAUGAAGGUAAUAACCGGGAAGAUCCAAGCAUUGUGAAUCGUCAAGGAAGUUUUGAUGAAGAUGAUUUGUUUGGAAAGAUGGUGUGUAGUGAAGUGGAAGCCUAUGAAUUCUAUAAUAGUUAUGCUACAAGAAUUGGGUUUAGUGUUCGAAAGGGAAAAAAGAGAAGAGAUGCAAAGAAUGUUGUUCGACAAAUUAACUUCAUGUGUUCAAAAGAAGGUUUUCAACAGGAUAGUGAUCCUUCAGAAACCAAAAGGGCUGAUAGGCUAGAUACAAGAACAGGUUGCAAAGCCAUGAUCCGAUUUACAUUAGCAGAGGACAUGUGGAGAGUUUCUCACUUUCAUGCUGAGCACAAUCACGAGCUUGCUAAGCCAGAAGAGAGACCAUUUUUAAGAUCAAAUAGAAAAAUGUCUGAAGCUCAUAAAGGGGUGAUAAAGACCAUGCGUGAUGCUCGUAUAGGGACCAUAAAGACAUACUCAUAUUUAGCAGAAGAAGUUGGCGGAUCUCAGAAUGUUGGGUUUACGAAAAGAGAUUGCUAUAAUUUUGUGAAUAAUGAGAAAAUGGCUAUGUUUGAGGCUGGAGAUGCUCAAAGCUUAAUCAAUCUUUUCAAGCGUAAGCAAACUGAAGAUCCUAUGUUCUUUUACUCAGUGCAAGUGGAUCAAGAAAAUCGAAUGACAAAUUUCUUUUGGAGAGAUGGCCGAUCAAGACUUGAUUAUGAGUGCUUUGGAGAUGUAUUAGUUUUUGAUACUACAUACAGAACCAACAGGUACAACAUGAUUUGUGCUCCUUUUGUGGGUGUUAAUAACCAUUGGAAAAAUGUAUUAUUUGGAUGUGCUUUUCUAUUGGAUGAGACAACUGCUUCAUUUAAUUGGUUGUUUGAAACAUUUUUAGAGUCAAUGGGAAAUCAACCACCAAAGACUAUUUAUACUGAUCAAUGUCAAGCAAUGGCAAAUGGCAUUAGAGAUGUUUUUCCUGAUACUUGUCACCGUUUAUGCUUGUGGCAUAUAUCGUUGAAUGCAACAAGACAUAUAGCAAGCUACUUAGGAAUCCCUGACUUUAAGAAGAUGUUCAAUAAGUGUCUUUAUGGUUGUGAAACAGUUGCAGAAUUUCAGUCUACAUGGGAUGAGUUACUUGUGACAUUUAAUGUUACAGAGAAUGAAUGGUUGAAGAGAUUAUAUACACUACGGGAAAAAUGGUGUGCGGCCUUCACCUUAGACACUUUUUCUGCUAGAAUUCAAGCUUCACAAAGAAGUGAGAGCACAAAUAAUGUGUUCCAUCAUAUAUCUGCUGCAAGAAUGAGGCUUAUUGAAUUUGUACAUCACUAUGAUAAGCAAGUAGAAGCCACACGCUCAAGUGAAUUAGAAGAGACUUUUCGUUGCACAAAUGGCGUACCUUCUACUGCUAAGAGGAGUACUAAACUACUAUAUCAUGCUGGUAAAGUUUAUACAAGAAAAAUUUAUAAUUUAUUUGGGACUGAGCUUACCGCUAGCAUGGCAUUCAAGAUGGAUGAAGUUGAUACUAAUGGAACUGUACAUACUUUUGAAUUGAGUCAGGAGGGUCGCAAUAGAAUUUAUGUUGUGAAGCUAAACUCUUCAGAUGACACAAUCACAUGUAGCUGCAAGAUGUUUGAAUCUAUGGGAUUGUUGUGUCGUCAUGCUCUAAGGGUAUUGAAUGUCAGGAAUGUUACUAAGAUACCACCCCAAUAUAUAUUGAAGCGUUGGAAAAAGGAUGCAAAAUCUGGAAUUGGGGCACAAGAACAUGAAGCAUUAUUACAACAAAAGGAUAAACCAUCAGUUGUAUUGCGUCGAAAUAAUAUGGUUCGAAAAGCUUAUGAUAUAUUGAGCAAGGCUGCAAUGACAGAGAAAGGUAGUAAAAUUGCAAUGCAAAAGUUGAAAGAGAUGGAAGAAUUAAUUGAAAAAGAUGAGCUAGAGUCAAAAGGAUUUGAUCACAAAGAAAGCAAUGAGGCUUUGAAUGAUGUUAUUUCUGAUGAUAAUGAAAGUGGCUGCCCAGUUAAUGAGACACCAGUAUUGGAUCCCCCAUGUGCAAGGCCAAAAGGGAUGAGUAAUGAUAGAUGGAAAGCAUCUGUGGAGAAGCGAAACAAGAAUACAUCUAAGAAUACGGUGUCAUCUAGUAAAAAAGACGGUACGGGAAAGCAGCAAAAACAGAAGGUUAGGGCAGCAAAAGAUCCAGUCUCAUCUACUAAAGGUAAUAGUGAGAAGAAACAAAAGGAGAGGCCAGCAGAAGAUCCGGUCUCAUCUAGUAAGAAGGUUUGCACGAGAUUGUCAAACACUAAUGUGCAUCCAUGUUUGCCUCCAUCUAAUCAGCUUUAUCCAUCUAUGAGCUUGUCGACAAUCAAUACUCAGGGAUGUUUGCCUCCACCUAAUCAAGGUUCUGAUUCUAAAGCAUUCUAUCAGCCAAAUGUUUCUUUUACUAGCAUGUUUUUGAGUCAGGUAUUGGUUGAUCUCAUUGUUGAAGUACUUACAAUUACUUAA